UUUGUUUACGUGGAUAUGAACAUGGCGACUUCUCUAAAUUACUAGGAAAGACUGUUUUCCACGUUUGUCAACCGCAGCUUCUGUAAAGAUAGAAAAUUAAAGGCGUAUAUGCCGCUAUAGUGUAAUUUUAAGUAAACACAUUUUGAUUGACACGUUGUCUGAACAAUUCGUUUUUUUUUUUUUUUUUUUUUUUUGUCUCUGGGUGCAGGGGCAACAGUCAUGGAAGACGACGAGAGACAGAAAAAACUGGAGGCCGGCAAAGCUAAGCUGGCUGAAUACAGACAGAGGAAGGCACAAGCAGAUGGGCAGAAAAAACAAAAAAAGAAGAAAAAGUCACCAGGUACUAGAGAAGGGGUGAAUGCACAAGAUGGGCCGGAUCGUGACCAAUCACUGGGCGAGGAUCCAAGUGAACAGAGCACAGGGAGAGGAGCCAUCGCGGAUGCUGCUGAAUUCACUGUUUCCAGGACAUUACGAAGUGGGGAUACCAUCAAGCAGGAUCAGACCUAUACAAUAGAGCCUGAAAGUGAAGUUUCUACUACAGCCGAUGACUACACGUCUGAGGUAAAUGGGUGCUCUGCUGUUUUGAAAAUAGAACCAUCUUCUGGAGAUGUGAUCAGGGAGGAAGACGUGCAUGUCUCUGAAACUCGUUCUGAGAACCAAGCACAGAGCUCUUGGACAAUGGAGGAUGAGCUUGCAGGAAAACAACAGGCAAUUGAGGAGCUGAGUCGGGAGCUGGAGGUCAUGAGAAGUGCAAUUGGGACUGAAGGCUUGCAACAGCUCCAAGACUUUGAAGCUGCAGUCAAGCAAAGAGAUGGAAUCAUCACACAGCUCACAGCUAACCUGCAGCAGGCCCGGAAGGAAAAAGAUGAGAUCAUGAGAGAAUUCUUGGAAUUGACAGAACAGAGUCAGAAACUGCAGAUUCAGUUUCAGCAGUUGCAGGCAGGUGAAACUUUAAGAAACACUAGUCACAGCAGCACUGCUGCAGACUUUCUACAAGCCAAGCAGCAGAACCUUAAGAAUCAGCAACAGAUUGAACAACAGGAGCUUCAACUGAAGAGCUACCAGAGCAAGAGUGAAGAGUACCAGCUACAGAUAAAUCUUCUUCAGGAUCGAGUGAAGGAGUUUGAAAUGGCCAGUGAAACUUUAAGAAACACUAGCAGAACUGACACAGACUUGCUACAAGCUAAGCAGCAGAUUCUUGUAUAUCAGCAACAGGUUGAAGAACAAGAGCUUGAGCUAAAGAGCUACCAGAGCAAGAGCGAAGAGUACCAGCUACAGAUAAAUCUUCUUCAGGACAGAGUGAAGGAGUUUGAAGCGUUUACAAAUGAGCAAGUGGGCUCUGUUUCACAGAGAUUACAAGAGAAAGAGCAGUUAAUUGAACAGCAAGAGAACACAAUAACUGAACACAAAAACACUGAAACAGAGUUGAAGGAAAAGCUUUUGGCUUCUGAUAUGUUAUUAGAAGAUUUAAGCAAGGAGAGAUGUCAAGAUAUAGAAACUCUUAAAACUGAAUUAAACAACUCAAAACAGAGGGAAAGACAGUCAUCGAGUGAGAUAAAACAGUUGAUGGGGACUGUGGAAGAACUGCAGAAACGUUAUCAUAAAGGAAACCUUUCAGAAAGCGAGAUUAUUCAAAAGAUGGAGGUGGACACGCAAAAAAAAUUGGAUCAGCUCCGAGCAGAACUGGAUGAGAUGUAUGGGCAGCAGAUAGUGCAAAUGAAACAAGAACUUCGAAAGCAGCAUAUGGCAGAAAUGGACCAACUAAUUGCUCAGCACAGAUCUGAACAAGAGCGGAGACAAGUUCACCCCUCUGGCAGUGUAGCUAAUGAAGAUCAAGUAAACCUAAUGAAUAUGGCUAUAAAUGAACUUAAUGCUAAACUGCAAGAGGCUCGGUUGCAGAAAGAUCAGGUAAAGCAAGAACAGUCUCAGCAGCUUGCCAGAUUUGCAGAAGAAAAAUCCAGCUUGCAAACCCAGGUGGAGGAUCUCUUGGAGGACCUCAGGUUUGCUAGGGAAAAAGCCCAGAGAGCUUCUCGGAGCAUAUGUGAACAGGAGCACAAACUAGGGGAGAUAGGAAACCUGCAAACCACUAUUAGUGAUCUUAAAGACCAACUGGCUGCUGCAGCAGAAUCUACCAAAGAAUUGGAGUCGAAGCAUGAAUCGGAAGUUACUAAUUAUAAGAUCAAAUUGGAAAUGUUAGAGAGAGAGAAAGAUGCUGUUCUAGAUAGGAUGGCGGAAUCCCAAGAAGCCGAGUUGGAAAGGUUGAGGACACAACUUUUGUUUAGCCAUGAGGAAGAGCUAAUUAAGUUGAAAGAAGACCUACAAAGAGAAAGCCAGAUAAAUAUUGAGAAUCUGAAAGAUGAUUUGGCCUUGAAGUACAAGCAGAAGCUAGAAGGAAUGCAGAAGGGCUUUAAUGAACAACUAGAGUCUGUAAAAAUGGAAAGGGAUAGUUUAGUCUCUGAAAAAGAGGUACUAAUAUCUGAUAUCGCCAAGAUGAAAGAUGAUUUAAGUCAAUCACUGGAAAACGCUAAAACUGAAGAAAUGACUCUUGAAAUAAAGGAACUUCAGACCAAGAUCCAAGCACUACAAAAAGUAGAGAAAGAAAAGGGUACACUUGAACAUGAGAUUCAGCAGUUGCUGGCAAAGAAUGAAGUGCUAGAGAAGCAGAUGAAGAAAGAGGAUGACAUGUACAUGCAAAUUAAGGAACUGGAAGAUGAGAAUGGAAGGCUAAAGAAAUCAAGGGAGGUACUGGAACAAAAAUUGCAGGUCGGCAAUUUGGCUAUUGGCAUGUCGGCUUCAGAGAAUUCAGCAGCGACGUGUGCUGUUGGCAUAGAAACUCAGACCUUUAAUGAACAGCUGCAAAUAGACAGACUCACUUCAGAAAAUGAACAGCUUAAAAAUCAACAGGUUCACCUGAAGGAGGAAGUUGAGAGACAGAGAAAUACAUUUUCCUUUGCAGAGAAAAACUUUGAGGUAAAUUAUCAGGAGCUUAAGGAUGAGUACACUUGCCUUUUGAAGGUGAAAGCUGGCUUAGAGGAGAGGAUUGUAAAGGAAAGAGUUCAAUAUGAGGCCAGAAUGGAUAGUCUGCACACGCAGAUUACAUUUCUUCAGAGUGAGAAAGAAAAAAUGGAUGGCUCUGGAGUUUUGGCAGUAGAAACCAGUAAAGUAGGCAAAAUUGUGCGGCACUGUAUUGAUGAUGGCGAAGUUGUUGAGAAAGAUAAAACAGAGCUGAUGGAAAAGCUUGAGGUUGCUCAAAAGGAGAAGAAAGAGCUGUCCUUGAGACUGUCUGAGGUUUCUGAUACAUUACAUUUAAAACAAAAUGAGAUUGAGCAGCUACAAAAUGAACUAAGAUCAGUAAAAGACAAAUACAGACAAAAUGUGGGAAAGCACAAAGAACUGGAUAUAACACAGGAAACACGGGUAAAAACAUUAGAAUACCAGACACUGGAAUAUAUUCAAUCAUCUGGAAGUACAGCUACUGAAAUUGUUGACACAGGGUCGUGCACACUUGAGAAUCAUCAUCACCAAAUAGCACUGUUAAAGGAGAAAGUAAUUGCACUACAGACUUCAUUGCAGACUGCAAAAUUGAAACAAAAACAAUUUCAAGAAAAGCAGAAGUGUCUUAUUCAUGAGAAGGAAUCCCUGUUAGCCAAGCUUCAGGAGCUAAAGGGUAAAUCUGUUACUGAAAGCCCUGCAGUGGCCACAGUACAACCUGACAGUUACCAACUGCAGCAGCAGUUGGAUGCGUUCAAGACUGAGCAACUGGGCUUGGCAAAGCUUGUGCAGCAGAAAGCCUUGGUAGAAGAGUCCCUGCACAAGAAGCUAGAGGAAAAGGAAAAGACGUUGAUUGCUGCAGAGAAGGAGAUGUUCAAUUUACACGAGAGACUGAAUAAACAGUACCAAAGAGAGACUGCUGAUGAGUGUUUUAUAGAAAAGCACAAUGAAGAGAAGGUGGAAUGCAGUGGGAUAGAACAGGCCGAGUUUAGGCUGCAGAUGGAAGCCCAACGAAUUAGUCUUUCUCAGAUAUAUACUGCACAGCUUGAGCUGCUUCAAGAGAAACUUCAGACUGACAAGCAGUGCCUGUAUCUGCUAGAAGAGGACCUCACUGCUAGACACAGGCAGGAGGUAGAAAAGCUUCAUAGAAAAUACCAGCAGGAGCAAAAAACAGAUGACCGAGAUGAACGAAUGUCUUCACAGCAACAGAUUCAGAAACUUAGCAAACUGGUGUCUGAAGAAUGCAAGCAACUGAUUUUGUCAUUUGGAAGUGUUUUUGGGGAGGAAGAACUGGAAGCACUUCAGUACAACGAAUCAGAAGAAGCAAAGAGAAGCAGAGAUGAAACCAGUGCUGGUAUUAAAGAGCAAACUGGGGAUCCCUGUUCACUUUUACUUGAAGCAAAAGAAAUGCACACAGAGCUGCAGAAGCUGAAGGAUACAAUUUUGCAAGAGUAUAAUAGACUUACGGGAAUUCAGACACUAUUGAAAAGUGACAGCCGCAAGCUGGAGGAAUUGCAGAAAGACUAUGAUGAAUUCAGGUACAGCAGCGAGGAAGAGAUGACUAGUCUUCGAAUGCAGAUUGAAAGUGUCCGUGCUAGUUCUGAGGAUUUACAUGAUCUCAAAGAGCAGUUGAAAGUCAGGUCAGCACACCUAGAAGAGAUUGAAAAGCUGAAGUCAGAGUUUAAUCUGCAAAGGACUCGAUUUGAGGACAAGCAUACGCAAGAAAUUGAACAUUUACGGAUGUAUUACCAGCAACAGAUCAAGGAAACAGAGGAGAGGUACACAACAGAGAUUGUAGUACAACAGAGGCUUCAGGAAAUUACUGGCUCAGAAGCACAGUUUAGUAUUUCCAGUGAAUCACAGUUUGCUGUGCAAAAGGAUAAUGAUCUGGAACAACACUGUACUGAAGAAAUAAAGCUUGAGGAUGGUUUAGAAGCAGAACUCCAAUCCCCAGUAAAGUCAAUGCGACUGACUGAGCAGCUGCAGACCUUGAGGAGGGCCCUGCACGCCAAGUACCUCCAAGAGGUCACUUCCCUGAAGGAGCAACACAAAGCAGAACUGGACCUGCUGGCCUCCAGACUGAGGGAGCAGCAUAGCCUGGAGACAGAAGCCCUGCCGCAGGGAAUCACAGAAUCUGCUAAGCAGAACCAAGAAAACCUGAAUGGAGGCUUCAUAUCUAUCAAAGAGCCUGAAUCAAGUGAAAUCACAGGAGAGGGUGCCAAGCAAAUUGAGGCAUUGGAGAAAUGGUACAAGAAAAAGAUAGAGGAAGAAAUAGCCAAGGUAAUUGUGCAGAUGUCUAUAGAAUUUGCUCAGCAGACUGAACUGGCAAGAAUUACUAAGACAGCAAGAGAGACCACGUCUGAGAUACAGACGGUUUCUGAAGACCCAGAGAGUGAAACAGAGAGCAAAACGGAAGAACCCGGGCUUGUUUUUGAGUCAAAUAGACGAGAACUGGAGAAGGUUUUUGAGAAACAACUGAAAGAAAAGACUGAGGAGAUAUUUUUACUCAGAAAUCAAAUUCAUCAGACUGGCUAUACAAGACAAUUGUUGGACAAGGAGUGUCAGUUUCCUGAAAUUAACAUUGAGUUAUCUCUUGAAUUUGCAAGCAAGAAGGAGAUUGUGCUACGGGAAUCAAUGGUUUAUAAAGGCGGCAUUUUAGCAGAGACCCUUUCAAUCGCUGGACAUUUUGACCAGGAGCAUCAGGAAGACCCGAGUCAUGAGCUGGUUCACCCGGAGCAGACUGUGGAGCCACUGAGACACUGCCACUUGGAGCACAGCUUGAGAGCGCAGCCUGCUCAGAAUUCCUCAGUCGAUGAUGUCUUAGUUGAUAAAGAAGAAGAAGAAGAAGAAAGGAUAAAAGUAGAAAACCAAGAUACAAUAAACACUUCAGUUUCAGCUGGAAAAGGAAAACUCUCUUCAGAAAUGCAAAACAGCAGCACACAAACUGAACAGUUGGCUCAGAAUGAAGGAGACAAUCAAGAGGUACCCCGAGAGGCACCCCCCCACCCUGAAGCUUCAGCACAGCAUGCAGAAAAGCCAACCUCUGAUGAUCUCACUGUUGAAAGGAAUAUCUUGCAGAGGGUUAAUGAAAGGCUCAGAAUUGUUUUAUCAGAAGUGCUGAAGACAACUGCUGCUGCUGAGGAGACGAUAGGUCGCCAUGUUGAGGGGCUACUUGUUGCAUCAAGUAAGCGACAAUGUCGUCCACAAAGAGCUGCAUGGGAACAAGCAUCAGAGGAGCCCUUAAAGCCACACAUUGUCCAAGGCCACGGAGCAGGAGGAGGUGUUUCCUCUGAGUUCUGCCACGGCAGUGAUGCAGGUGGAGAUGAUGCUAGUGCUUGGUCUGGAGAGACAGACGAGGGGCUGGAGAUGUCGCAGAGGCUUGCUGACGGAAUGUUCACCGGGGCGGAACUCGACCUUGAGAAUGAGGAAUUUAUGUUGAACAUCAGCACCCGGCUUCAAGUGGCAGUAGAAAAACUGUUGGAAGCCAUCACUGAAACUACAAAUCAGCUUGAACAUGCCAAAGUCACCCAGAUAGAGCUCAUGCGCGAGUCAUUCAAGCGCAAUGCUGAGAUCAACAAACUUGUGAAACGUCAGGAAGAGCUGCAAGAGAGGCUCAGUGAAGAGACCAAGGCCAGGGAGCAGUUGGCACUGGAACUCCACAAAGCUGAAGGCAUCCUCGAUGGCUAUGCAGGUGAGAGAGUGGCGCUGGAGGAGCAGGUCCGGCAGAAGGCAGAGAUCCAGCAGCACUUGGAGCAGGAGCUCCAGCUAACAAGCAGCCGCUUGCGGGAACUAGAGGAGGAGCGACAAAUAAUGCGUCAGGAGAGGGAACUACUGUCCAGACAACAGGAUGCCAUGAGAGACACUGCUGGAUCCAAAGAGCUGCGCCUAGUUGAAGCUGCAGUUGAUGCAGCACCUGAAGCAGACCUGCUGGAGGAGACUGAGAAGCUCAUGAAGGAAAAGGUGGAGAUGCAGCGACAGGCAGAAAAAGAGAACGAUGAGCUCCUGAAGCAAGUGAAGAUGCUGGAAUCUGAGCUGGAGGAGCAGGUGAACAAAGUCAUAGAGAUUGAGCAGGAAAAGGCGGCUGAGCUCAUGGACUUGAGGCAACAGAUCCUGGCUCUUGAGAAACAGCUGGAGAAGAACAGAAAAUUUCUAGAUGAGCAGGCUAUUGACAGAGAGCACGAAAGGGAUGUGUUCCAACAGGAGAUACAGAAACUAGAACAGCAGCUCAAGUAUCCACAAAAGUUGCAGCCCAGCACAGAACAAAGGAACAAAGAGGUGGAAGUUCUGACCAAUCAGCUAAAAGAUAAAACAGAUCGGUGCAGCGAGCUUGUACUAGGGAAGGAACAGCUACAGAGAGAUGUGCAGGAGCGAAAUGAAGAGAUUGAAAAGCUAGGAAGUCGGAUAAGAGAGCUGGAACAAGCACUAAUAAGCAACUCAGACAGGCUACAAAAGGUGGAAGAAAGAAAGCUGUGUACACCAGUUGAGGUUAAAGGAGAAAUAAACCUUGAAGUACAACUGCAGACUGAACGUGAAGCCUUGGACAGGAAGGAAAAAGAGAUCUUAAACUUGGAAGAGCAGUUGGAGCAGUUCAGAGAGGAACUUGAGAAUAAGAACGAGGAGGUCCAGCAAUUACACAUGCAAAUGGAAAUCGAAAGAAAGGAAUUAAGCACCGAGCGUCAGGAGUACAACCACCAGAAUACACUGUUAAAGAAUCAAGUCGAAGCAUUGCAGAAGUCUCUUAAUGACUCUGAUGAUGUUUCGAUUGAGGACCAUCGAAUUGUAAUUGGAAAAUUCUCUCAGGUCAUGGAAGAAAAAGAUAAAGAAAUUGAGCAUCUAAAUGAACAACUUUAUAAAUGCCAACAGCACCUAGAAAUUGCAUCCGACAACAAGGUGAUAGAAGAAAAGAAUGAACAGAUGAGAGAGCUUGAAUCUCAAAUUGAAUGUCUAAAGAGUGAGCAAGAGCGCUUGAAAAGGAAAAGUGAAGACGAAAUUGAGCAACUGAAUGAAGUAAUAGAAAAACUACAGCAGGAGUUGGCAAACAUUGAGCACAAAACACAGGAUGGUGAUCCUGAGGAACCUUCAAGUUUAAAGUACCCUCUGGAAAUUAUGGUAGAAGAGAAGGAAGCUCCAAAGUUACAAGAGGAGAAGGGCUGCAAAGAAAUUAACCUGUCCAAGGAAGAAUUUGAAGGCAUGAAGCUUAAAAUAGAGCAGACAAACCAGGAACUGGAAACCUUAAAGGCUGAUAACCUCAGCCUAUUGCAGAAAUACAAAUGUGUACAAGAGGAGGGAUCAGUUACCUCUGUGGAAAAUGUCUCUAACAUGACAGCUGAGCUGGAGGAAGCCUUACCAGAAAAGACAGCUACUAUGGUAGUCAUUCAAGCUGAAAUAAAGGCACCAGAAGAAAGUGCUAAUGUUAAGAUAACCAACCUGGAAGCUAAACAGGAAGAACUUGAAGCUUCUGUCCGAGAAAAGAACGCAGAGGUAGAAUUGUGUCGUUCUCAAAAUGUGCAAGCUCAGGCCAAAACUGAAGUCCUGAAGCAAAAGGUUAUUGAGCUGGAAGACCAACUCCGGGAGAAGGUCGCUGCUGCUCUUGUAAGCCAAGCACAACUUAGUGCAGUGCAAGAGCAUUCUAAAGUACAUACCAGACAGCUUCACAGGCAAAUUAAAGAACUGCAUGGACAUUCUGUUAUAGAUGUUGGGCAGAGAGAAACUGCAGAAGUAGGCAAGACAGUAGCAGAAGCCAUAGCAGUCACCCACGGUUUUACAAAACCAGAUAAUGAAAAGCAGGACAGUAAAACUGAAGAUCAGCCUAAAAACAAACUAUCAGUUUUAACGCUGAAGCUCACAGAGUUGGAGAAAGAGCUAGCUGAGCUGCAGAAGGACAGAGAGCUACAAAAGCAGCUGGUUCACAGCACAGAAGAGGGUGUGGUUGAAUAUGAGAAGAAGUUAGCACAGUUAUUGGCUCGGUUGGACCAAAUGAAGAAGCCUAUGGUAGAAAAAGAUGAUGCACAAACAUCUAAGGCAAGGACAGCAAAGCCAGAAAGUGACAAAACUAUUUCUGCAUCUCAACUGGCUUUGGAACUGGAGCAGGUUAAGUCUGAAGCUGCUGCCACAAAAGAAGAAUUGAAUAUCUACAGGGAAUGUGCAAAAAAGCUUAAGGAUGAGUUGCAAGUAAGAGAACUAACUAUUUCACAGCUCCAAGAGAAUCUUGAGCAGGCAGUGAAAACAAAGCCUGAAAGGGAUGAACUGACUGCUGCAUCUAAACUGGCUUCUGGUCAGGAGGAAGCCAAAUCCAAAGCCGCUGCCACACAUGAAGAGUUAAACAGCUACAAGGAACAGGCAGAAAAGCAGAAGGAUGAGUUGCAACCCACACAAUCAAAGACUAAAAGUGAUGAACCUGCUGCUAUGUCUAAACUGCUUUUGGAGCUGGAGGGGGUCAAGUCUGAAGCUGCCGUCACAAAAGAAGAACUGAACAGCUACAGGAAGCAGGCAGAAAAGCUUAAAAAUGAGUUGCAAGUAAGAGAAAUGACUAUUGAACAGCUUCGAGAUGAUCUUAAAAAGGCAACAAAAUCAAAGCUUGAAAGCGAUGAACACGCUGCUGUAUCUAAACUGCUUUUGGAGCUGGAGGAGGUCAAGUCUGAAGCGGUUGUCACAAAAGAAGAAUUGAACAGCUACAGGGAGCAGGCAGAAAAACUUAAGGAUGAGUUGCAAGCAACAAAAACAAAGCUUGAAAGUGAUGAAUCUGCUGAUGUAUCGAAGCUGGUUUUGGAGCUGGAGGAGGUCAAGUCUGAAGCUGCUAUAAUGAAAGAAGAAUUGAACAUCCACAAGAAGAGUGCAGAAAAUCUUAAGGAUGAGUUGCAAGCCACACAAUCAAAGACUGAAAGUGAUGAACCCGCUGCUCUGUCUAAACUGCUUUUGGAGCUGGAGGAGGUCAAAUCUGAAGCUGCCAUUGCAAAAGAAGAACUGAACAGCUACAGGGAGCAGGCAGAAAAGCUUAAAAAUGAGUUGCAGGCAACAAAAUCAAAGCUUGAAAGCGAUGAACACGCUGCUGUAUCUAAAUUGGUUGUGGAGCUGGAGGAGGUUAAGUCUGAAGCUGCAGUCACAAAAGAAGAAUUGAACAGCUACAGGGAACAGGCAGAACAGCUUAAGGAUGAGUUGCAGGCAAAAGAAACAAAGCUUGAAAGUGAUGAACCUGCUGAUGUAUCAGAGCUGGUUUUGGAGCUGGAGGAGGUCAAGUCUGAAGCUGCUUCAAUGAAAGAAGAAUUGAACAUCCACAAGAAGCGUGCAGAAAAUCUUAAGGAUGAGUUGCAAGAAAGAGAAUUGACUAUUGCAAAUCUUCAGGAUGAUCUUCAACAGAUGAGAGAUUUGACAAUCCCACAGCUUCAGGAAGAUCUUAAACAAGUAAAGGAAGCUUUGGCAAAGGCAGAGGAGGAGCUGGGCCAUCAUGAUCAGAAAAAAGACACCAAACUCUUUGAGGGAAAACCUGACAUUGGUGGCAAAAAAACAAAACACACUUCAACCAAAGAGAAACCUUCACUGGUGAGGAAGAACUCUGCAUCUCAAACCGAUAAGCCUGCAAACAUGAACAGGAGCUUCCAGACUCCAAAAGUUUUGUGUAAAGAUGCUGAAAUCCAAAUCGAUCUCAUUAAACAGAAUAGCAUCUCUUCAGAGCAGCUGGCAGAAGUGAUCAGACAGUACAAAGAGAAGAUUGGGCAGAUGCAGGAACUUCAUGCUGCUGAAAUAAUGGACAUGGAGACACGACACAUUUGUGAGAGCGACACUCUGAAGAGUGAUUCUCAGAUUCUGAGAGAGCAAUGCAAGGCCUUAAAUGCGUUUUUAGAGAAGAUGAGAGAAACCGGGGGAGUCCCUGCUUCUGUUUUGGAACCUGGUUCUUCACAGUUUAGAGAUGGAUACACUAGUGAUAGCAGUUCAGACUGGAGUCAGAGAAUGUAUUACGACUUUUCCGUUCAAAACCAGGAGUACAGAAGCGCUACAGAGGAAGCCAAGAGAGACAUUGAAAUGCCUCAGGCUUCAUCAGAAAUGCUACCUGACAGAAUAAAAUACUUGUUGCGAGAAGUACAUCAGGAGGGAAUGCAGGUGCUCUCCCUGUCCGAGGUCCCUUGCAUCGAAGGGGAGAUUGGAACAUCAGAGCAGUAUUCUGAAAGCUGGCAGAAGGAGAGGCAGGCGCUCCUGGCUAUGGUCGAGUCACUCAAGGUUUUGAUUACCAACGUGCAAGUUUACAGCGAUACUGAGAAAUCUUUGAAUUUUGCAUCAGCUGAAGGUGUUGCAGACUGGCGUGGAGAGCUCCUCCAAGCUGUCCAGCAAGUCUUUUUGAAGGAACGCAGUGUUCUUAAGAGUGAACUCGAAACGCAUAUGGCAACACUAGAGACUAGCGACAUAGUUGUACACCUGAACCAGCUAGAAAACCGUCUGCGUGAACAGGAUGCCCAGAACAGAGAUGCCAUGGAGAUUCUUCAGGAUGCUGACAGGAAUAGUCUGUUGAUGGAGAUUGGGCAGCUGCAAGCACAGCUACAAAGGGCUCAGCAAUGUGAUAGCAGGGUUGACAGGGCUGCAGCACAGCUGGCUCAGCAGACAAGCUCAGAUGGACAUCAGGACUGCACAUUGCAAGACAAUCAGGCUAGUGUCGCAGAACUGGAGGUGAAUCGUGUGAAGGAAAGUGGAAACGAGCUGCAGGAUCGUUUCCACUCUGAGAAGAUGGUGAUAGCUGAACUUAAGAAUGAGCUUGCGCAAACAAAACUGGAACUCGAGACAACCCUGAAAGCACAACAGAAACACCUGAAAGAGCUGGAAGCUCUCAGGACUGAAGUUUCAGGAAAGACUGCUGAAAUGGACAUAUUAAAUGAUGCUCUGGAAAAUGAGCAAAAGAAAUCCAGACAGCUUCAGUGGGCGUUUGAAAAGGAGAAGUGCAAAUCGGAACGAAAAGAAGUGAGAGAAAAAGAAGAAUUUGAGGACUUGAAGCUCACAAUUGAAGAUCAGAAAUGUAAAAACUGCAAGAUUUCAACCCUACUAGAGCAGGAGCAACAGGUAACGGCCAAUCUGAAGCAGCAGACAGAGACGGAGAAGGCCCUUCACCAAGCCCAGCUCUCUCACGAGCUGAGCCGCAUAUCAGAGCUGCAGGUGCUGCUGGAUUCGGAAAAGGCCCGGGCACUGGAGCUGAACAGCGCCCUGGAACAGGAGAAAGAGCUGCGUGGCCAGCUGAAUCUGAGUCCACAGCGGCGACUGGAGGCAGGAGAAUCGGCAGCUGAUGCUGGGUGUAGUCAGGCAGAGGAUGGUGUCUGGACCAUGAAAGAGCUGGUCGGUGACCUGCAAGGCCAGCUGGAUGAGAAGCACACUCGCAUCGUGCAGCUGCUGGGGGACAUAGAGAGACACAAGCUGGAGGCAGUGCAGUUGAGGCAGCAGCUGGAUGAGGAGAGACAGCUCCACCACAAGGCCCUGCAAAAGGAGCAGGAGGCUCACAGACUGGUGCAGAACAAACUGGAGCAGCUGCAGCUAAAGGAUGAGGAGCUCCAGAGGCUGCUGGACAGGGAGAGGCAGCUCGUCGUCAGACUUCAGCAGGAGAGGGAGCGGCUCCAGGAGAGUGUCAGUGAGCUGCAGGACCAGGAGAACCAGAGUGAGAAGACAGAGAACACAGACCAGUCUGAUUCUCAAACGAAUCUAUGUAGAGCAGACAUACCUGUCGACAGAACGAGAGAUUGGGUGUUACAGCAGAAGAUUUCUGACAUGCUGAAAGUAGGCAUCCACAGUCACUCUCUAAAUGAAAUCAAUAGAGGAACAGCUGCACCUGAAGACUCAAAGCAUCUUGACGGCAUCAUCCAGAGACUUCAGUUAAUUGCUUCUAAGCUGAAAACACUUGCAAGCAAACCCUCCAGCAAGAUCCCGUUCGAAUCAGCAGAUGAUGAAAAUCUUAUUUGGUUGCAGAACAGCGUUCAGGACAUUGUGUCUCAGCUUCAGCAGCUACCAGCAAUCCAUCCUAAAGGAGAGCAGAGUGUGCUGCUUCCCACAGGCAGUAGUUCCUCCAGCUCCCUGACUGAGCGGCUGCUGAGGCAGAACGCAGAGCUCACCGGGUUUGUGAGCCACCUCACCGAGGAGAAGAAUGACCUGCGCAACUCUCUGAUCAAACUGGAGGAGGAGGUCCGUCUCUCCCGCCAGCGAGGCCUCGGGGGGCUCCGUCAUUCCAACAGAAAGCCCCUGGAUAAUCAGGAUACCAUUGAUGUUCUCACAUAUGAUCAAGAGACCUGGAGUAGGGAAAAAAACAACCUUGAAAAAUCACUCAAGCAGGCGGAAACAGAAGUGCACAAACUAAGGGCAGAGCUCAGAAGCGAUGUAUUGUACAGAGAUAUGACCAGGUCUGAUGUGGACAAUGUAACAUUAAAGAGGAUCUAUGGCAAAUACCUGCGAGCAGAAAGUUUCCGCAAGGCUCUUAUUUACCAGAAGAAGUACCUGCUGCUGUUGUUGGGAGGCUUUCAGGAAUGUGAAGAGGCUACCCUCUCCCUUAUUGCUAAAAUGGGUGGACGGCCAUCUCACAGCCUUGGGAUAAUAACACAUCGCUGCAGAGGUUUUACCAGGUUCAGAUCCGCUGUAAGAGUUACAAUAGCCAUUUCCAGAAUGAAGUUUCUUGUCAGAAGGUGGCAGAGAGCUGCCGGUUUGGGGUCAAGCCCAUCAUCCAGUGUUAACAGAAAUGAAUUUGGUCAGAUAACAGGUAAUGAGGCAAGAACAGGCUCCCCGUACCUCCAUCCUGGGGGUGUUGAAGCAUAUGGAGACCGCAGAACGAGGUCAGAACUUGAAACCCCAAGGUCAGCUCUCUCACUGCAGCACAGGUAUCAGCCAGCUGAGUCAAGUGCAGGUUCACUUGCUUGUUCUCACCUCCAGAAUUAUGAUCCUGACAGAGCACUUACAGACUAUAUACACAGACUGGAUGCACUGCAAAGGAGACUUGGGAGCGUACAGUCAGGCUCCACUUCAUAUGCUCAGUUGCACUACGGGACAAGAAGAUGAAGUCCUUUGGGAAUACACACAAAUUGACUUGAAACUGGAUUGCUUUUUCGAAAGAUGAACUGCUGUGUUUUUGUAUCACUAUUUUGUUUAUGUUUGUGGGACCAAAAUAAACUUGCGUGUAAUACUGUACCUGGUUUUCUUGCCAGUAUAUAAGAGGAAAUAGCUUUUAUGUAUAUUAGUCUGCUUUUUUGUUGUGCAUAAAACAAUCAGAGAUGGUUUAAAUGUAUAUUUGCGGAAUUCUAAUUUAAACUGAUUUAUUUGUAAUGUUGUAUGUAUUGUAUGGGUGAAAGAAAACUAGUGAAUGUUGCUUGAAGUGCAAUGCACAUCUGUGAGAAGGCUGCUAAGUUUUUACUAUGCUGUCCUUUAUUAAUUACUGGCAUUGUGGACAGAGGAAAACGUUUGUAGACAUAUUUUUGUAAUGGUAGAAAGCUUAGAAUUUUAUGGGCAUUUUGUCAGUUUAAAAAUAGACUAUUCUCACAUUUGAAAAAAAAUAUUCUGUAAUACUGUAAUUAUACUAGAUGCAGCAAAAUCUGUUUUUAAUUUUGCAAU